UAUUUCUUUUUAUCUGAGGUGUGUCCUCCAGACGCCAUGUUCUGUCGUGACGUCACCAAACGGGAAGUGAGCUCGUUGUUCUCCUUGGUGGCUGCCUGGCUGCGAAGGCUCGCGGACCAAAACAACUCCUUCUCUGUUGCGCUUCCUCCUCUUCCUCAGCACGGACCAUGGACGGGAGUCAGAGUUCAGCUCGUCUGUCAGCAGCUCUGAGAACAUGAGCUCCUCUCACCUGUCCACAGUGGAUGGCACUGAUAGACUGUGUGUUUCAGAGCGUGCUCAGUGCGUCCCAUCUCGGGUCCUUCACCUGCGUCAGCUUCCCCCUGACGUCUCUGAACAGGAAGUGCUUUCUCUGGCGCUUCCCUUUGGUCGAGUUAGUCAGCUGAUCACACUGAAGACAAAGAAUCAGGCGUUUUUAGAAAUGGCGUCAGAAGAAGCCGCUGUUACCAUGGUGAACUACUACACCUCAGCCACUCCCUCCAUCAGGAGUCAGCCAGUCUACAUUCAGUACUCCACCCAUCGCGAGCUCAAGACUGACAAUAUGACCAAUCAGAGGGCUCAGGCAACGCUGCAGGCCAUGAAUGCAGGAGCAGUGCACUCUGGGAACAUGGCUUCAGGUGGGGAGGGCCGGGGCAUAGCUCCAGGUCAGAGUCCCGUCCUGAGAAUCAUUGUGGAGAAUUUAUUUUACCCUGUGACUCUGGAGGUCCUCCAGCAGAUCUUUAGUAAGUUUGGCUCCGUGCUGAAGAUCAUCACGUUCACCAGAAACAACCAGUUUCAGGCUCUCCUGCAGUUCAGCGACACCGUGCAUGCUCAGCACGCCAAGGCUACUCUAGACGGUCAGAACAUCUAUAACGGCUGCUGCACACUGAGGAUCGACUUCUCCAAACUGAGCGUGCUCAACGUGAAGUACAACAACGACAAGAGUCGGGAUUUCACCAGAGCCGACCUGCCAAGCGGAGAGCUAGAGCCCGCCGCCACCUUCGGUGUAGCUUUGCCUCCGUAUGGAGCAGCGGCAUUCCCACCCACUUUCCACCAACACACAGGUCUGUCCAUGGCGGCCGUCCCUGGCUCGCUAGUGUCUCAUCCUCGCGUCUCACUGCAGAUGGCACCUCCUGCUGUCCAUUCGGUGCUGCUGGUGUCGAACCUGAACCCAGAGAACGUCACGCCUCACUGCCUCUUCAUCCUGUUCGGUGUUUACGGAGACGUUCAGAGAGUGAAAAUCCUCUUCAACAAGAAGGAAAACGCUCUUGUUCAGAUGAGCGACGCCACGCAGGCUCAACUCGCGAUGAGUCACCUGAACGGGCAGCGUCUCCAUGGUAACGUGAUCCGGGUGACGUUGUCCAAACACCCGGUGGUGCAGCUGCCUCGCGGAGGGGCUGGGCAAGAAGAACAAGCACUGACUCGGGACUUCUCAGGCUCUGCCCUCCACCGCUUCAAAAAGCCGGGCUCCAAAAACUUCAACAACAUCUUCCCUCCGUCAGCAACGUUGCACCUCUCCAACAUCCCCUCUUCAGUGAGCGAGGAGGCGUUGAAGGAUUUAUUUUCUUUGAAUGGAUUUGCAGUAAAAGCUUUCAAGUUUUUCCAGAAGGAUAGGAAGAUGGCGCUGAUGCAGCUGGCUUCGGUGGAGGAAGCCAUUGAGGCUCUGAUCGCCCUUCACGACCACCAGCUGGACCACAACCAGCACCUCCGGGUGUCCUUUUCCAAGUCCACCAUCUGACCUUUGCCCUCUGAGCGGCCGCUCAGAGCGCAGGGCUUCUGAUUGGCCCGCAGCGCAGACAGACAGACCACGGGGAUAUCUUUCUGUGCCUACAGCCAGCCUCGUAUCAUGGUGGCAAAUGAUGUCACAACCGAGGGUCAUGGCCAUGGCUACAGAGGUUACAGAGCACAUUCCGGAGCAGACUGAGUAGCAGUGCAUUGUAGGUAAUGAAGUCCAUCAUGGAGGUGACGUCAGUUUGUGUUUGUUAAUGUGAUGCAGGAAACGAAAUCAGGAAGUAAAAAAAAAAAGAAGGAAAAAAACCUGCCUUUUAUCAAAGGUUUACUUUGAAUUUAUCUUUAUUUAAAAUUACCAAUGAGCAUUAAGUAAAUUAUUAUAGAUAUUAUUUUUAAAUGAAAUGAAAUGAUUUGACCCUUUUUUAUGUUUAAAAUUCAGAUUCCAACGUUUUUCUUUUUACUUCAGGUUUUUAUUUUUCUCGUUCUUCACAAACUUCCGCCUUGUUAUUUUUGAAUUUUCAGCCUCUCUGCACACUGCCGUCUGAUUGGCUGGAAUUAUGUUAAUGAUUAUUAUUUUUAAUUGUUAUUUUAGGGUUAAGCUGCGAUCUCAAAUCUUCUUCUGUGCCUUAUUUUCUGAAUUAUUAUGCUGGGUUCUGGUUUUUUACGUGGUGUUUGGAGGUUUUGGUGAUGGAUUGUUUUGUGUGUCUUUAGAUUUUUUUUUUUUUUUUUAAAGUAGAAUUUUUCUACUUCAUUUAAAAUAUUUUUGUUGGUGGUCAACAUUUUGGGUGGGUUUUUUAAUCAUGAAUGUAUUUAUACUGUACAACAUGUAAGGCUUUCUGUGUGUUUGUGCGUGGGUAUUUGUGCGUGGGUAUUUAUGUGUGUGUGUGUGUGUGUGUGUGUGUGUGUGUGUGUGUGUGUGUGUGUGUGUGUGUGUGUGUGUGUGUGUGUAUAUUAAGCUGAGUUGUGAGUGGUUGAGCUUCAAAUGUCCCAUCUUUUACUGAAUUAAUUUUAUUAAUUUCACUCCCUUAUUUUAAUAUUUUUUUUCAUUUUCUGUUUGGAUUCGAUUUUUUUUUUUUCUUAAAUGGGAAAAAAGCCACAAAAUACAGGAAGCUGCCGAUUCCCAGUUUGCCUUCUGACCUCAGACCUGCCUACCGCUGCCAUUUAGUUCAUUAUCUGUUCAACUUUCCCCAUUUUACAUUUUUAAUUUACUUCUUUUAAUAUUGGAGUUUUUUUCCACUUAUUUAAAGAUUUUAAGCACUUUAUGUGAAAUUGUUACAAGCGUUGUGGGUGGGUGGGGUCAAAACAAGCCAAAGUUCCUGUGCCUUUUAAUUGGACAAAUCCAUUUGCCCCCAUUAUGAAAUCACUUCCUGUUUUCCUUCAUUUAAAUUUAAAUGUAAACCACACUGUUUUUUAAAAGAAUUUUGUGAUAAACCCACCUACUAUUGCCUUUCAAAAUAACAUUCCCUGCUAAUGUUUUGAAAGCAUUUUUGUUUACAGUUGUCUACAUAUUUAUUCUAGCCUUGGUUAAUUAAUUAAUAAACAGUUGGGAUUAAAAAGCGUGUAUGUGAAAACAUGAAAUCUUCAAAAUAUAUUUGCCCUUUCAGAAAAAGGUUAGAAAUGGUUGUUUAAAAUGUUGGGAUUUUAUUUUGAUUUUUAUUUAAACUUUUUGUUAAAACAAACUGUUUUUAUACCUGAAUGUAUCAGCUGAUGUAAAGUAGUUGUGGUGCAUUGUGGGAGCUGGUGGGACUUUAUUGUUAUUAUAUGAAAUAUUUUUAACAUGGACCAGUGCAUGAUGGGAGGGGGCAGCGCUAAGCUAAGCCGCACUCUGCUCCAAAACAAAGUUUGUUAAUUUUUAUUUAUUCUGAAACUUUGACAGGAAGUUGUAGCAUGAAUCACUGAAUAAUUAAAUAAAAUCAUCUGACUGCCAAA